GACUUCAAAUAACACCUCUGUAACGGAUGGAUAACUGAAAAUAAUAUUCUUAAAGUGAAAGUCCAAGAAAAAUCCUUAAAAAAAAAUAAUGACUGCCCAUCAGAGUGUAGUGGACAAUUACUUACCUCCUGAGGAUAUUUGUGGUUUUGAUCGUCCACGAGAUCCUUAUAGGAUUAAAAAUCGUCGAUAUUUGAGACAAAUCUCGCGAGUGGAGACCUUCAAGAAUUGGCCACAGCAGCUAAGUCAGACCCCCGAGGAGCUCGCUGAUGCUGGAUUCGUCUACAAGAAUAUCAGUGAUGUUGUAAAGUGUAUUAGCUGCAAGCUGCGACUGUCUGGAUGGCAGCCCGAAGAUGAUCCUCUUGAAGAGCAUGUAAAGUGCAAUAGCUCAUGUGAAUACCUAAAGCACCACAAAGGAGAGAAAUUCAUUGAGGAAUUAAGCAAAAAACUGCAGCAAAAUCCGAUUGAAGCUGCUGAUGUGCAACAACCUGAUGCAAAUCUGGACGCUCCAGUUGGUGUGUGCAAAGUUUGCAGCCAGGAUAAAUCUAAUGUGAUGUUUAUUCCUUGUGGGCACCUUGUUACCUGCACGAAUUGUGCAUCCGCAAUCAAAAAGUGCUUCUACUGCUCUCAUCGUGUUGAUAGAUACCAAAAAGUUUACCUCUAACCGCCAUUCCCGCCAUAUUUAAUCUAACCUAUAAAAUAAGACUGUAAAUAUUUUAAAUUUAAGGCUUUUGUAAAUAAAAUUCUAGGCUUAAGGAACAAUAAAGUUUAAUAAUUUAUUUAAAAGAAAA